AUGAGCGCCGAGGCGCUGUGGCCGCCGCUCCCCAACGGGACGGCCGCGUUCCCGGGCGGCCAGGGCGGGCCCUGGGGCAACAGCACGGCCUCCGCCGCCGCCGCGGCCGCCGCCCCGUUCACCUGCGCGCUCACCAAGACGGGCUUCCAGUUCUACUACCUGCCGGCCGUGUACAUCCUGGUGUUCGUCACCGGCUUCCUGGGCAACAGCGUGGCCAUCUGGAUGUUCGCGCGCCACAUGAGGCCGUGGAGCGGCAUCUCCGUGUACAUGUUCAACCUGGCCCUGGCCGACUUCCUGUACGUGCUGACCCUGCCCGCGCUCAUCUUCUACUACUUCAACAAGACCGACUGGACGCUGGGCGACGCCAUGUGCAAGCUGCAGCGGUUCAUCUUCCACGCCAACCUGUACGGCAGCAUCCUGUUCCUGACGUGCAUCAGCGCGCACCGCUACAGCGGCGUGGUGUACCCGCUGCGCUCGCUGGGCCGCCUGCAGAAGCGCACGGCCGUGCACGUGAGCCUGCUCGUGUGGCUCGUCGUGGCGCUGGCCAUCUCGCCCAUCCUCUUCUACUCGGGCACCCAGGUCCGGAGGAACGGGACCGUCACCUGCUACGACAGCACCUCGGACGAGUACCUGCGCAGCUACUUCGUCUACAGCAUGUGCACCACCGUGGCCAUGUUCUGCGUGCCCCUCGUGCUCAUCCUGGGCUGCUACGGCCUCAUCGUCAGGGCCCUGAUCUACAAGGACCUGGACGACUCGCCCCUGCGGCGCAAAUCCAUCUACCUGGUGAUCAUCGUCCUGACGGUCUUCGCCGUGUCCUACAUCCCCUUCCACGUGAUGAAAACCAUGAACCUGAGGGCCCGGCUCGAUUUCCAGACCCCGGACAUGUGCGCUUUCAACGACAGGGUUUAUGCCACCUACCAGGUGACCCGAGGGCUCGCGAGUCUCAACAGCUGCGUGGACCCCAUCCUCUAUUUCCUGGCAGGAGACACUUUCAGGAGGAGGCUCUCCAGAGCCACCCGGAAGGCCUCCCGGAGGAGUGAGGCAAACUUGCAAUCCAAGAGCGAGGACAUGACCCUCAACAUUUUAUCCGAGUUCAAGCAGAAUGGAGACACGAGCUUGUGAAGAGGCAGGAACCACCGAGCACCCCCCGCUCUUGUGACACGGUCUCAGGAUGCCAGCCUGGUUUACAAUACACGUUACAUCCAUUGUUUCAGCUCCCAGAGAACUUUCCUUUGGACUGUGGAUCCAGUGAGGUGGACAAUGCCUACAACAAAUUC